AUGGAAACUUCGCAGUCUCUCUCGAUUGAGAGUUUUUCGUAUAGUUGGUUAGUAGAUUUGGGGGAUUCUUUCAGAGCUUCUAUGGAUGAUUCUGGAGAUGAUUAUGAAACUGCUUUUAUUGAGAUGGAUCCUGCACUACCUCCUUCAAAGAGGUUUUUUAAUGUGAAUCCACAGGAUUUGAACUUUGAUUUUCCUACAUCGGAUUCUUCUUUAACUCUUGUUCAUGCUGAUGAACUCAUUUCAAACGGCUUCUUGGUGCCUCUGUUCAUCAAGAAGCCGAUGAAGAUGGAGUCGGAUUACGAUGUAAUUGAAUCCCACUCCAUCGCGAAUUCUCCGGCAUCUUCUGCUGCGCAGCAGCAGGAUGAAUCGUGUUCGUCCUCUUGUAGGAGGGUGAAUCGGUGUGUAUCAUUGAGGAGAUGCCGGAGUUUGUCGAGGAGGAUUUUAUUGAAGUAUUUUGAUUUUCUUAGGCCAUUUUGCCAGAAAAUAAGAAGGUGUAGUAGAAUUGGUAGGUGCAGAUCAAGUAGUGGAAAGGAAGUGAUGAAGAAGUGGGAAUAUUGUUCAGCAGCAACAUCUCCAAGGACAAGUGUAGCUUAUUCUGUUGAUAAUUGGCGCAGAUCUUGUGAUUCUGAAAGCUCUAUUUAUGAAGCUGUUCUACAUUGCAAAAGAAACCAUUAAUAGUAAAUAGAGAAAAUGAGAAGCAAGUAAUAUGGGAUGAGAGGUCUAAAGAAGUUCACAUGUGACUGAGGGGUCGUUUGGUGUGAGGGAUAGAAAUAAUUAGUGAUGAGAUACGAAAAUAGUGAUGGGAUAAAGUUUUUGUAUCUUGUUUGGUUACCAUAUUUGGGACAAUUUAUCCCACCAUUUAUAUCAUAGUGAUGGAAUAAGCUAUCU